UUAACACUGCUCAAGUAGAGGAGAGUUCAGCAUUUGACCCAAGCUGCUGACACUAUCAGCCCAUGUGCAGUGCUUUUUGUUUGUUCCAAUGGCGUGUAGAGAGAGCAGGGGCAGUAAGAUUUUGCUAUGUUUAGCACUUUUAGUUGUUGCCAGUUCAUUUUCCCAUAAUGCUCGAUUGACAAAACUUAAAGCAUUGGGUAUAUUAAGAGGAAACUCGACACGUCACAAAAGUCAAUCCAAAGGAAUUGAUGUGCACUACGGUAGACUCUUAAUAGGGCAAAAUAAUUAUCUGCAAGGUGAUAAACUGAGGGGGUCCAAGGCCACAAAGAACUUCCUGGAUGUUGAUACAGACUAUCAAGAGGACAUUGGUUGGGGUGAGCACAUGCAACUUCAAGGACGAGGAGAUGGCAGAAAGGCAGCGAGUGCUGCAGUAGAACGUCUCCUUAAAAUGGAACCAAAGGUUGAAUGUACGGGAGACUCCAUGAAGCUUCAAGUCCAAGAUGCUGCUUCUACCCCUGGAUCUCUGUUCUUUGUGGACAGGGGAAGUCUCCUGUCUCCCCUGCCGCUGUCCAAGUUGCCACAAAGCUGUGGUUACACAAUCAGGGCUACACUGAGAGAUCUGGUCUUAGUUGCUCCUUAUGACGGUUGCUUUGUCACUCCUGAGGAGGAUAGAUACGUUCUUCCACUGCGUUGGUGGGGGUUACCAGUCAGGAUGUCAUGCCCUUUGAUGAGGCAGUCUUCACCUAACCCGCCGAUGGUCACCUGCCAUGCUCAGGGUAUGGUUGUGGAAACGGGAUGGACUGUAUCCGUUGCGAACAUUCACGUAAAUUUGGCUGGUAACUUGGAGCUACUGAUGAAGGCUUCACACAGAUGUGGUUUCAGUGUAGUUGUACAUCCUGAAGGUGUGGUCAUCUCUUUUCGCUAUGCACCCUGCCUGGAGAAAAGGAAUGGAAUGUAUACCCUUCAAUUGACUGGAGAGGGAGAAACAAAAAUUUCCUGUCCAUCACUGUCACUAGCUCAAACUGAACACAAAACGCCCACCGAUGGUCCAAAACUGCAAACUGAAACUCCAAGCAAAGGAGAAAAUCCAUUUUUGCCUCAGCCAUCCACGUUAGCUCCAAUGGACCAAGUCAAACAACCUCUUGGCCAAUUGCAAACUGAAGGCUCAAAUCCUGAAAGCCCUGGGAAUUUGUCACCUACUGUACUUGCUCCAGAGAACCAAGAGCCACUGCAACCUGAAGCCCCUUGGGGUCAAUUCCAGCAGCCCUUCUACCCUCAGCCACAGCCAGAAAAGCCAACUGCUGCUCCAAAGCCUCCACAACCGGAAGCCCCUUGGGGCCAAGUGCAGCAGCCCUUCUACCCCUACUACCCUCAGCCAGAGCCAGAAAAGCCAACUGCUGCUCCAAAGCCUCCACAACCUGAAGCCCCUCAGGGCCAAGUGCAGCAGCUCUUCUACCCUUUCUACCCCUACUACCCUCAGCCAGAGCCUGAAAAGCCAACUGAUGCUCCAAAGCCUCCACAACCUGAAGUGCCUCGGGGCCAAGUGCAGCAGCUCUUCUACCCCUUCUACCCUCAGCCAGAGCCAGAAAAGCCAACUGAUGCUCCAAAGCCUACACAACCUGAAGCCCCUCGGGGCCAAGUGCAGCAGCCCUACUACCCUCAGCCAGAGCCUGGAAAGCCAACUGAUGCUCCAAAGCCUCCACAACCUGAAGUGCCUCGGGGCCAAGUGCAGCAGCUCUUCUACCCCUACUACCCUCAGCCAGAGCCAGAAAAGCCAACUGCUGCUCCAAAGCCUACACAACCUGAAGUGCCCCGGGGCCAAGUGAAGCAGCCCUUCUACCCCUACUACCCUCAGCCAGAGCCUGGAAAGCCAACUGAUGCUCCAAAGCCUACACAACCUGAAGCCCCUCGGGGACAAGUGCAGCAGCCCUACUACCCUCAGCCAGAGCCUGGAAAGCCAACUGAUGCUCCAAAGCCUCCACAACCUGAAGUGCCUCGGGGCCAAGUGCAGCAGCUCUUCUACCCCUACUACCCUCAGCCAGAGCCAGAAAAGCCAACUGCUGCUCCAAAGCCUACACAACCUGAAGUGCCCCGGGGCCAAGUGAAGCAGCCCUUCUACCCCUACUACCCUCAACCAGAGCCUGGAAAGCCAACUGAUGCUCCAAAGCCUACACAACCUGAAGCCCCUCGGGGCCAAGUGCAGCAGCCCUUCUACCCCUACUACCCUCAGCCAGAGCCUGGAAAGCCAACUGAUGCUCCAAAGCCUACACAACCUGAAGCCCCUCGGGGCCAAGUGCAGCAGCCCUUCUACCCCUACUACCCUCAGCCAGAGCCUGGAAAGCCAAUUGAUGCUCCAAAGCCUACACAACCUGAAGCCCCCCGGGGCCAAGUGCAGCAGCCCUUCUACCCCUACUACCCUCAGCCAGAGCCUGGAAAGCCAACUGAUGCUCCAAAGCCUACACAACCUGAAGCCCCUCGGGGCCAAGUGCAGCAGCCCUUCUACCCCUACUACCCUCAGCCAGAGCCUGGAAAGCCAACUGAUGCUCCAAAGCCUACACAACCUGAAGUGCCUCGGGGCCAAGUGCAGCAGCUCUUCUACCCUCAGCCAGAGCCAGAAAAGCCAACUGAUGCUCCAAAGCCUACACAACCUGAAGCCCCCCGGGGCCAAGUGCAGCAGCCCUUCUACCCCUACUACCCUCAGCCAGAGCCUGGAAAGCCAACUGAUGCUCCAAAGCCUACACAACCUGAAGCCCCUCGGGGCCAAGUGCAGCAGCCCUUCUACCCCUACUACCCUCAGCCAGAGCCUGGAAAGCCAACUGAUGCUCCAAAGCCUCCACAACCUGAAGUGCCUCGGGGCCAAGUGCAGCAGCUCUUCUACCCCUACUACCCUCAGCCAGAGCCAGAAAAGCCAACUGCUGCUCCAAAGCCUACACAACCUGAAGUGCCUCGGGGCCAAGUGCAGCAGCUCUUCUACCCUCAGCCAGAGCCAGAAAAGCCAACUGAUGCUCCAAAGCCUACACAACCUGAAGCCCCCCGGGGCCAAGUGCAGCAGCCCUUCUACCCCUACUACCCUCAGCCAGAGCCUGGAAAGCCAACUGAUGCUCCAAAGCCUACACAACCUGAAGCCCCUCGGGGCCAAGUGCAGCAGCCCUUCUACCCCUACUACCCUCAGCCAGAGCCUGGAAAGCCAACUGAUGCUCCAAAGCCUACACAACCUGAAGCCCCUCGGGGCCAAGUGCAGCAGCCCUUCUACCCCUACUACCCUCAGCCAGAACCUGAACCAGAGCCUGGAAAGCCAACUGAUGCUCCAAAGCCUCCACAACCUGAAGCCCCCCGGGGCCAAGUGCAGCAGCCCUUCUACCCCUACUACCCUCAGCCAGAGCCUGGAAAGCCAACUGAUGCUCCAAAGCCUCCACAACCUGAAGCCCCCCGGGGCCAAGUGCAGCAGCCCUUCUACCCCUUCUACCCUCAGCCAGAGCCUGGAAAGCCAACUGAUGCUCCAAAGCCUACACAACCUGAAGCCCCUCGGGGCCAGUGCAGCAGCCCUUCUACCCCUACUACCCUCAGCCAGAGCCUGGAAAGCCAACUGAUGCUCCAAAGCCUACACAACCUGAAGCCCCUCGGGGCCAAGUGCAGCAGCCCUUCUACCCCUACUACCCUCAGCCAGAGCCUGGAAAGCCAACUGAUGCGCCAAAGCCUACACAACCUGAAGCCCCCCGGGGCCAAGUGCAGCAGCCCUUCUACCCCUACUACCCUCAGCCAGAGCCUGGAAAGCCAACUGAUGCUCCAAAGCCUACACAACCUGAAGCCCCUCGGGGCCAAGUGCAGCAGCCCUUCUACCCCUACUACCCUCAGCCAGAGCCUGGAAAGCCAACUGAUGCUCCAAAGCCUCCACAACCUGAAGUGCCUCGGGGCCAAGUGCAGCAGCUCUUCUACCCCUUCUACCCUCAGCCAGAGCCAGAAAAGCCAACUGAUGCUCCAAAGCCUACACAACCUGAAGUGCCUCGGGGCCAAGUGCAGCAGCCCUUCUACCCCUACUACCCUCAGCCAGAACCUGGAAAGCCAACUGAUGCUCCAAAGCCUCCACAACCUGAAGUGCCUCGGGGCCAAGUGCAGCAGCUCUUCUACCCCUUCUAUCCUCAGCCAGAGCCAGAAAAGCCAACUGAUGCUCCAAAGCCUACACAACCUGAAGCCCCUCGGGGCCAAGUGCAGCAGCCCUUCUACCCCUACUACCCUCAGCCAGAGCCUGGAAAGCCAACUGAUGCGCCAAAGCCUACACAACCUGAAGUGCCUCAGGGCCAAGUGCAGCAGCUCUUCUACCCCUUCUACCCUCAGCCAGAGCCUGAAAAGCCAACUGAUGCUCCAAAGCCUCCACAACCUGAAGUGCCUCGGGGCCAAGUGCAGCAGCUCUUCUACCCCUACUACCCUCCCACUGAAAAGCCAGUUCAAAGUGAACAGCUUCCCCCUGUCAAACCUCCAGAGGGCCAAAUGCAUUACAUUUUUAACCAAUAUCAAAACUCCCCAGGAACUGCCAUUCCACAACCUAGUAUUGAAGGCAUAG